CUCACGCAUGCGCCGGCCGGGCGCGGUCAGCUGAGCGGGCUGUCACGUGACUGCGCGGCCGAAGGAGCGGGGCCGGCCCGGGGCGGCGUUGAGGGCCGGAUGUCCCUGCUGACGCUGCUCCAUCCUCAGGGGCCAUGUCCACCCGACGGCUGCGCAGUGAGGACUACAACGACUACAGCUCCACCGAUGUGACCCCGGAGGGCAGCCCACCUGCAGGCAUCAAUGGCUUCGCACGGCCCGAGUCCUACCAGCGCUUCGGGGAGAGCAAUGGGACCACGUGGUACCAGACCCUCAUCCACCUCCUGAAGGGGAACAUUGGCACCGGGCUGCUGGGGCUGCCCCUGGCUCUGAAGAAUGCCGGCAUCCUGUUGGGUCCCUUGAGCCUGCUGGUGAUGGGUGUUGUGGCUGUGCACUGCAUGAGCAUCCUGGUGAAAUGUGCCCACCACUUCUGCUACAGGUUCCAGAAGCAGUUUUUGGACUACGGGGGAGCUGUGAUGUAUGGGCUGGAGUCAACACCCAGCGCCUGGCUGAGGACACACGCCAUCUGGGGAAGGCGUGUGGUGGGACUCUUCCUGAUCCUCACUCAGUUGGGUUUCUGCUGUGUGUACUUUGUCUUUCUGGCUGACAAUCUGAGACAGGUUGUUUCCUCUGCCAACAGCACCACCUUUGACUGCCAGUCCAACAGGACAGUGACCCUCACGCCCACCAUGGACUCCCGGCUCUACAUGCUCUCCCUGCUGCCUUUUGUGGUGCUGCUGUCGUUCAUCCAGAAUCUCAAGAUCCUGUCCAUCUUUUCCAUGCUGGCCAACCUGGCCAUGCUCAUCAGCCUUGUAGUGAUCUACCAGUACAUUGUCAGGGACAUCCCUGAUCCCAAAGCCCUGCCUCUCGCCGCAGCCUGGAAGACCUACCCUCUGUUUUUUGGCACGGCCAUCUUUGCUUUUGAAGGCAUCGGGGUGGUGCUGCCUUUGGAAAACAAGAUGAAGAACCCACGGCAGUUCCCUCUGAUCCUCUACGUGGGGAUGACGAUCGUUACCAUUCUGUACAUCAGCCUGGGUGUGCUGGGCUACCUGCGCUUCGGGGCGGCCAUCCAGGCCAGCAUAACGCUCAACCUGCCCAACUGCUGGCUGUACCAAGCUGUCAAGCUGCUCUUCUCCUUUGGGAUUUUCUUCACCUAUGCUGUGCAGUUCUACGUCCCUGCUGAGAUCAUCAUCCCUCCACUGGUUGCCCGUGUGUCAGAGCGCUGGGGCUGGUUGGUCAACUUGCUGCUGCGGGUGGUCCUGGUCAGCAUCACCUGUGUGCUGGCCAUCCUUAUCCCCCGCCUGGACCUCGUCAUCUCGCUGGUGGGCUCAGUCAGCAGCAGCGCGCUGGCUCUCAUCUUCCCCCCACUGCUGGAGAUCGCCACUUUCUACACAGAGGGCAUGCAUCCACUGCUCAUUGUCAAGGACGUGCUCAUCAGCCUCUUCGGCUUCGUCGGCUUCGUGGUGGGCACCUACGAGGCGCUGGUGGAGCUGGCAACGCCUGCUGCUGUCAUCAACGGCACCAGCACCGCGGGGCAGUGACAGUCCGUGCUGGGUGGUGGCACGCAGGCUGGGUGCUCAGCCUUCUCCUCCUGCAGAACGCGGUGGGUUUGGGCUGUGAGGGGUGUGGGGGUGGCACAGCACUCAUCCCCUCCACACUCCUGUACAUAGUUACUUUGGGAAGGGGGGGAGGGGAUCCUGGGCUUGUGGACAUUUUUUACUGUUAUUUUAUCUAUUUUAUUUUGAAUCCUUCCCAUAUUUCCCCCGCAUCCCAUCACUCUGGCUUCUCCGUGCCAGUUUAUUGGUGUUUUUCAUUCCCCCCCCCCUACCUCUCAGCACUUUAUUUUACAGCAACAAAGAAACCUCAGCUCAGUUUGGAGGAGCAGAGCUGCCUCCUCACCCUGGCCCUCGGGGAUGCAGAGCAGCGCUGGGUGCGAGCAUUGCUGGUGCAGGUCCUGCUGUGCUCCGGUUUCCAGCUCUUUCAUGCAGAGAGGGCUGGCAUUGGAAGAUUCUGUUUGUUCCUUUUUCUUUCUCCUUGCACACAUACCCCUCACACGGUUUUUGGCAUUAGGAAUUCAGGUGUGCAGAGCCUGUGCUCUGCAGAAACACAGCGCCUCGUUUGCUGCACUCUUGCUGCAUCUGCAGCCUCCCACUGAAUGUCACACCCCCAAAAAGAACAAUGAUAAUGUUCUUUUCCUUCCUGGCCCCUGUGGCAGCUCCCAGCAGGAGGCAGCCCAUUGCACUGCUUCCUCUCCUCCUCCUGCUGCUGGUAUUGGGGCAGGUGCACGUUGGGCACAGACUCUGGCCUUGCCACACUUUGCCUUUCUGCUGCUUUUUAUUUGUUGUUUUAGAAGGCAGAUGAGAGCAAAUCCUCCAUUGGGUACUUCUUACUGGUGGUGCAGCUGCACUAAGGAGAGAAAUAGCACAUAGAAUGGUGUGUGUGCAGCCAGCAGGGCUCUGGGCUCCCUGCAGAUGGGAGAGGUGCAAUAUCUGUGCCCGGUGCUGGCACUGCUGUCCCCUGGCAGGGGAUGCCUGGCAGUCCUAGCAGGAGGGACAGCCCUGUUCUGGGGUACAGCUGUGUGAUGUGUGUGUCUCCAGCACUGGGGUUAGUGGGUUUGCUGGAGUGGGACAUAGCACUGAGUUUGCUUUGCACUCACGGGGCACCAUGUCAGCGUCAAGCAGUGUCUGGUGAAGUUUUGCUUGUAUUGGGCUGAAGCACAGUGGGCUGGUGGGAAACAUGUGGGAUACCAGGAGGACCUGGUAUGGGACCAGAGGGACACGGAACUGUGAUGCUUGUGUAUUGUAGCUGCUCUGUGACCAGGGGAAUCAUGUACAUACAAAGGUGAUUAAUGUCUGUUUUGUGUGCCUAUGGAUAUUGUCAGCGUGGGUCGGUGCCCACUGCUGCAGCACCUGAAUCAUGUAUCUCACUUUAAUCAAUAAAUAAGAGUUAUUUUUUACAUGGAAA